AUGCCCAAGUCCUUCCUGUUAAAAAGGCGAUCUGUGAAUGGCAUGGUAAAGUUAACUGCGAAGCCGUCAGACAAGCAAGCCGAGAAAGGUAUGCGCAAAAAUGCUAUAAAGCUCAAGUUAAAGUAAGCUUCCUUCAUUUUGCAGUUUCGAUUAAUGAUAUCCCGGCUAUGUAUUCUUAUCUAAGUACUUAAACUUUACCUGUGUGCUAAAGUCAUUCAAUAAAAUCCAUGUUUUCCUACGUUUUAUUUGGCUAAGUUCAAACUAAUAAAGUUACAAAACUUGGUCCCUUAAAAAUGUGAGUGUUAAUAAUUUACAAUUUUCAGUACAACGUUGAAAAAAUUGUACAAGCCUUGAGUAACUGUUGAGGUUAGCCUGAAUAUAUAAUAAGCUGUUAACCCUUCAAAACAAAGAGAAUACUAUCUUUGUCAAACACUCAAUGACUUUGUGUUGAUUCUACACACAGGCGUAGCAGAGGGAAUGAAUGCAUCAUCCAAGCCUGACCAAAAAGUCCAAGAAGUAAUGCAGUACGGACUUCAUACAGAGCCAAGGUCUCCAUCAGUAACUUCUCAGGUUGAUGCUCAAGACAGAAAUAUUUUCAGCACAAGAGAAACAGCUUUUGACAAGGACUUCAGUCACCUCUACAUUUACAACCCAGUGUACCACUUCCCGGUUCCUGAUGCAUUGAGAAGUGUCUACGAGAAGGACCAGGCAGUUUUCAAUAACAUGCAUGCCUGUUUUAGUUAUUUACACACUACGAGAAGUGAACAUUUUGAAUCAUGGCGUUCAAACGCAAUUGGGUAUUUACCAGUAGUAAGCUACGACGUUUUUAAGGGAGAAAACCUCCUUGCCUCGCCCUCAAAGGUUCUUAUCCCUGAAGAAGUCAGGGAGCCCUACAGAUGUGAUCAAUGUGGUAAGGUUUUUAAGACAAAAUACACCCUAGCAAUUCACCUCAAAAUGCCUAAUCACACUUUCGCGCGUCCUUUUGUUUGCAAUACGUGUGGCAAAGGGUUUCGCUUGUCCUCCACCCUGUGUAGGCAUAAGAUCAUUCACACCAAGGAUAAACCAUACAAAUGCCAUUUGUGCGAGAAGGCUUUUAACCGCUCAUCCACUCUGAAAACACACGUGCGAACCCACAGCCUUGAGAAGGAAUUUGUUUGCGAACGCUGUGGGAAAGGUUUUCACCAAAAGGGCAAUUUGCGAAAUCAUAUUCUCAUCCACACAGGAGAAAAACCUUACAAGUGUACUUUGUGCCACAAGGCCUUCAACAAAUUGUCGAAUCUGAAGUUUCACAUGCACGUUCACACUGACAAUUCUCCUUACAAGUGUAGCUUUUGCAAGGUUUCUUUCUCUCGAAGGUGCGAUUUGAAGAGUCACGUUCACACGGCUCACUCCCAAAACGAAAGCGAAAUCUUAAAGAACAAUUCCACCUGUUAG